GCUUUAACUAAUUCGACUUUUCCUAGCUGUUAGUGACGGAGAGCCCGCGAGAGGGCUGCACGGCGAUAGGUGCAGUGUGGGGACAGCAGGGCGCGCUCGUGCAACGUCGACUCUAUAACAGCGCGCCGCUUCCGGUUGGUUGCCUGGGUGACGGCUGUACACGGAAGUAGCGCCACGGGGACGUCAGAGGGAUACUCCGGUCGGUGAUUGACAGGUUGCUGCUGCAGCAGCUAUAUAACCAGGCAUGCCUGAUGGACAGGGCGGCUGUGAGGAAAGUCUGACUCUGUACUCAGCCAGAGAGGAGGAACUGGAAAAGAUGCACAAAGCCAUAAUUGCAGAUAAGCAUAAACUCUAUGAGGAGAUGAAGAUUCACAACGGACAGCAACUCGCUGAGCCAUACAUCCAAGCAUCAGAGGCAGCACAUAGGAGAAACCAGGGAAUUCUAGAAGAUUUGCAAAUAGCUGAGAAAACUCUAAGACGAAGAUCACAUGUCAGCCCUGACCGUGCUGUGGUUGAGCUGGAGAAUCUGUACUGGGCCUCCGUGGAAGAAGAACUCCCUAAAUGGGAGCAGUUUCUGCUAGGAAAAGCUCAGUUGCCUUUUGGUAUGAAACAAAUCCAUCAGCCAAAACAGAAGCUGAAACAUUCCCAAACUCUGCAGACACCAAAAAGAAAGAACCUGCCCCCUUCUGGCUUCAACUCAAACACCUUCCCAAAGUAGCCUCAGUUCUUGGCUGACUGUAUAUACACAGCAGGUGUAUAAUAACAUGGCUUUCAUUCAUUAGAAACUGCAGUACUGACAGUCCCCUUCUUGGCAGCUGUAGUGAGUGAUCCACAGGUACGUAAAUCCCCAGCAAUCAUCUGGGUUCCCACACCAGUCCUCAACCAGCGAUAAUCUGGAUGUUGUUGAACUAUAAGUCUCAGCAUGCCAAAGCUGAAUUAUGAAGACUCAAAUGUCAACUGCAAGGAUUUUUAAGAUGUGAACAGUUUGAUAAUUAAAGUGUAUUUCUCUAUCGUCCUAGUGGAUGCUGGGGUUCCUGAAAGGACCAUGGGGAUAGCGGCUCCGCAGGA